AUGUCCACUAAGAUGAACUUUCAGCCCUGGGAAUGCAAUGUCGCCUCAGUCAGUCCAGAACAGGCGCUUGGUCUGAAAAGAGACGGGAAUAUAGCUUUGGGCUUUUAUUGUUACGUCAUUCGAGUUGCUGAUGUGAACGAUCCAUCCAGGAAAAUGGCUUUCAAAAGACUCAAGUUUCUUGAAGAUGAGAACGGUUACCGUUGUCAACGUUUCCUUUUCUACAAUGAGGUUCGAUUUCUCAAGAACGUACAACACCCCAACAUCAUCCAAGUUGAACAGGCGCUGGUAUGUCCGGGAGAAUUUGUCAUAGUGACGGAAUACCACCCCACGAACCUCUUUAACGAUUUGCGUCGUCACACGCAAGCCGAGGUGAGCAAGUACUUUUCUCAAGUCGUCGACGCUUUGCUCUAUCUCCACGACCGGCACAUCGUUCACGGAGACGUCAAUCUUCAAAACGUGUUGAUAGACACGCAAGGAAACGCCAAAUUAUGCGACUUCGGUAUGGCUCAGUUCGUUCCCAACAAGAGUUCGAAACAUUGGGGCUGCUAUUCCACAAUGUACUACGACGGACCUGAGUACAUCAGAGGUCGACCUGUGGAGGAUGCGUUUAAACUGGAAAGCUUCUCACUGGGAGUCUGUCUCUGUGCCUUGUCGCUCCGGGUCUACCCACGCAAAGACUUGAACUACCUGGAGUUGCUGAGAGCUGGCGAGUCUGUGCCAGACAUUCACAGAGUAUGCGCUGAACGCCUCCUCUGUCCCUCACCCGCAGAGCGAGCCUCAAUCUCGGAAAUUCAUCAACGACUCAACGAUCACAGGCAGUCAGAGAGUCGUGCACAGAGUGACGUCAUCCACGAGUCUCCCGCCCCUGUGUCUGUGCCAACACCUUGUGAAUGCUCUCACGUCACUGAAGAAUACAGAAACUUCAUUCUAGAGGAAAAGCGCUGA